AUGGCAUCACUGUCGUGCUUGGUGAUCGUACCCAGUGUCGAUAUUACACGGAAGGUUACGCUAACAGAGCCGCGUCUCACCGCGUUGAAAGACGCCAUACAGUCCUGCAGUUUGCUGUCACCGGUUGUCGACGUCAAAAAAGACAAGUUUCAGGUUUUCGAUGAAGUCUUUCAAAGAAGGGUUGAUCUUGCGAACGACGACGUCAUUGCCGACAAAACAGAAGUGUUCGUGUUGACAGCCGAACGUCCAGUGCCGUCACAGACAGAAGGCAGUCUUUGUGCAUCCAGUGUUGCACAGAGCUGUACAGACAACCACGCAAACAGUCGUGAUGGGCGAGACUUUGAUAUGCCAGAUUUCAGCAGCAUACAGGAGCAAAUUGAAGAUGGAAAGCUUACGGGCAGCCUCCACAGAAAAAUCGUCGAACGACUGUACCAGUCCAUGAUCAGAUGCACGCUCUACCCCUCUGCAAAGUUCUAUGCUAAAGUGGCCAGCUCUCUUGUGGAAAAGUACCAGCAUUUAACAGACCUGAAAGGCAGCGGCUACGAUUCCUGGAUAAUAAGUCUCCGCAAUAAGUUCAAAAAUGAACGACGCAAGAUCUCAGACAACGAGAGUGUGACUGAAUCAAGGUCAAAAUUUGGUACCAAGCGCAAGAUAGAAAAGGCCAGCGAAUCAAGAUUGGAGCGCAACAAAACUCCAAGGCUUCCUGAUGGUGGGCCAUCGUCCCAAACAACAAAUGCUGAGGAAGAUGAGGCAUGGCUUCGAAAUGAAUACAGGAAGCAGAAACCGGACUUUGCUGAAAUAAGAGAGAGACAGAAAUCAACAUUCAGAGAAAGAUCAAAGAGAAUGAAAUCAACGGUCAUCUCUGUUUGUCAAAAGGAAUUCCCAUAUGUGAUGGAUUUUAAGGCCUUCAUGUUGGAGUUCGAGUUGCUAACCGACAAGGAUGCAGUCCAAGGGGUACAAGCAGCAAUGUACACAGUGAUAGAGCUAGCGGGAAAAAAGGAAAUGUACAGCAAACAAGAAAUUCAGGCAGGCAUUGCUGAUUUGCCAAAGCUCACCGUUUGUGCAAGACGAAAGAGACACAUGAGUGCUGUACUUGCCCUAAGGACCCUGUGUGAAGUUUUCAAAGAAAAGGAGGCAAUGGACAGCAUCUUCGUUCAUCAGUCGCGUGAGUCCCGCCCAGGCACUCCUCACAUCAGCUACAGUGGAACCUCCCUGGAAGAUGCUGAGAUACUGAAGCUUGUGGUGGACAGCACACCCCUGUUCCACGUUGUAGAAGCAAUGGACGGACUGGCAGCAGUGCUUGCUGCUUAUUGGGUGUUUGAUGCAGUCUACUGCGCAGAACACAUUCGGGUCAUGACUUUUUUUGAGCGCAUGGUAGGCUUGCAGGUAACGCCACUGCAACCCCCUGUCUCGUCAUUUAUUAAGAAGCACAAGAGAUCGCUGCCAUAGCCUUGUUUACGCAUGUUAGCGAUGAGCCAGCUUACACACAUUGCUGGUGUUCCCCAGCAGAUGGUUGCCACUGUAACACCUUGACUAAGCAAACAGUGCUUCUUAUUGUGGUUGUGUAACAAAGCUGCUGGGAGCUUUCUUAUGCAAGGUACUCAGGCCAGUUAGCUUGCACAUCUUGCUUUAUGUUGGCUGCACUUGUUCCUGUACAUGUUUCCUGUUAUUUGCAUAUUCAUUUUUAUCUGGUGGAAACUUAUAAGUCUUGACAUCGACUGAUACCACAUCCUCAGUAAUUAUUCAACUUGUGUGAACCACUGCGCUACCCAUAUGCAGAGCAUAUAUGUCUCUUUAGGCCACAAAAAUUUUAGGUAAGUGUAGCGGUCUUCUUUGACCGUGGACACCAGUUGAAAGCUCACUCCGCGGAUUCCCCAUGGGGGCAGUCCAGGUGCUCGACCCUGUGCCAUCUAGGCAGAGUUUCCAGCUGGCAUUGACGGUCACAGAGUGCCGCUGCACUGCCAUGUCGUCUACAGUGCAUUCAGUUGAGAUCUUAUUGUUGGGUCCACAUGUUUUAUUAGCUUUUGGUAACUCUUAGUAUCUUUUAUUGCAACAUUGAAUCUAGCUGAAAUUUUCAUCGGUUAAAAUGGACACAUAUGCUCUACAUAUGAGCAUAGUGCAGUGGUUCACACAAGUUAAGCAAUUCCUGAGCAUGCGACACCAAUUGGUGUCAAGAUUUACCAGUCACCAUCCUGUGCAA